AUGCCGGACGUUCCCAAUCAAUCUUCCGCAGCACGUAAAACCAAACAGUCGGCGGUACCGGGAUGUAGAGUGUGCAGUAGACGCCGUAUAAGAUGUGACGGAGCUCAGCCAGCUUGUGAGAAAUGUAUCUCUCGCGGCUUGCACUGUCCAGGAUACGGGAAGACCCUCAGGUGGAUUUGCGGGCCCGCCAGCAAAGGGCCAAACAGGCUCCAUUUUCGCACAACCCCGGCCCCUCAUCACUCCCGCCGAGCUGCGGACACUCCCAUCGUAUUACAGCCAGUAACCCCAUCAUACCUGUCACACGUGGUACCAUAUGAACAUAAACAGCUACCUAGUCUAUUGUCACCAGUACCGAUACUCGGCACGGAAAGCCUCCUACUGCAACACUUUGCAGAUGUCGUGUCCGUACAGCUCGCGUGGUUUGAAGGAGAAUCUAAUCCAUGGCGAAGUAUCAUUCUGCCCAUGGCUUUGGAAUCGCCUGGUCCUUCUACAUCAUUAUGCUCCCUGUUAUCAGCUAUACUAGGGGUAUCCGCAAGCAAUGUUGCUUCUCGCCUUGCUGAAGGCGAUCCUCAGCGUGAUUUAUACCUUCGUAUCAUGGAUUCUUUACGCACAAACACCUUCCGCCUUCUGUCUAAGGAUCUACGGGUAUUGCGAAGCGCACUGCAACUGGGCACACCACCUCCACAACUACUAAUUCAACAAGUUAUUGCCAGUGUGCUGCUCCUUUCAUACCUCGAGGUUCACUGGCCAUCUAACGGUAUGUGGCAUUUUCAUCUCCGAACUGCACAAAGCAUUAGCAACAUGUUGCAAUUCACAGCCACUGGUGACGCCACAAAUGUUUUUCUCUCCGAAGAACUGUUCGCCGCUAGUACAUGGCCUCUACUGACUAACUGUCCAACGAAUGAGAUAUCUACGAUCCAGGAAUUGUACAGUAAGAGCCAUAUUGGACAAGAUAUCAAAGGCCAUUCUCCUUUCAUAGCUUUCGUUAUCAUCAUACGCCGUGUGAUUCAGGCAAGAAUAGGCAUAGGAAUACGAGGUUUAGAGCCUGGAAAGCAGCAUGCCGUUCUUUGCACGACUCUACAACAAGCACUAAUUAAUCUGGAGCAAGCCUAUGAAACAGCCCUCCGAGAAUCGACCAAAACGGCAAGUGUGAACGACCACGAUUUGAAGCUUAUAAUUACUGCGUACUAUCAUGCGACGCAGAUAUACUGCCACCAGGCCCUAUCCGCCCCGGUGCCAACGUUGAAUGAAGGCUUGUGCGCCUGUCCUGAUCAAACAACGCUUCUCAGACUGCGCAUCCACCUUCUUGACUCGCUGCUAUCUCUCAACAACCCUAAUGCACUCGCACAAUCGCAACCAUGGCCUUUGUUCAUACUGGCAACAGUGAGCGCUCAUGAUCCAGUUACGCACCUGUGGUUUGAGAAGCGGAUGAAUUCCAUCAUGACGUUGUAUUGUGAGAUUGAUCGACCGCAGAUGCUUAAAUUUCUGCGGUCUUUUUGGGCUCAGGUUGCAUGUCAUAAUUGGAUUGAAUACGCUCAGUUAUGGAAGAAGGAUCAUCAAAGAUUUCUAAUACUAUGA